AUGGCUGUUCUAUUCGAAAUGAAUAUCGAUCCAUCGAUAGUAUCAGUACCGUUUGCAUCACUUGAUAAACACAGCUAUUUCCAAGAGCAAGAAAAAGAAAUACUCUUCUCGAUGCAUACCGUAUUUCGUAUUGGUGAAGUAAAACCAAUGAAUGAUGAUAAAAAUUCACGAUUUUGGAAGGUUCAUUUAACAUUGACCAAUGCCGAUGAUGAACAACUUCGCAAAUUGACAGAACAUAUACGUAUAGACCUCAGCUCUUCUCUUGACUCGGAUAUUCAAAUUAAUAUGGAUCCUACAUGGCGAUUAAGUAAAUUACUUGUGCAUAUGGGUGAAUAUGACAAAGCAGUUACAAUAUAUGAAAUGAUUCUCGACAAGGCCACGCGCGAAAAUAAUAUAAAGUUCAUACAAAUGACACACUAUCAGCUAGCUGAACUGUUUUCUUUAUACAAGAGUGAUUGGAAAAGAGCAAAAGCACAUUUACACAAGAUGUUUAGUAUAGCAGUACUUGAUGGGAAUAUUGUUGCUGAUGAAGCUAGGCGCGACUUGAUCGAUGUCUUUUCAGCAAUCAAAAAUGUACUUGGUAGGGAACAAAUUAAUGAAGAUGAAUUUCACUCAGCUAUGGUUGAACUAUUGAACAAGUUGCUCACAUUAUAUCUUGCUUAUUCGAUGAAACAGUUAUGCCCACUUGAUUAUCAACUCAUCGUGGAUCGUUAUAAUUAUAUUGGUUGGGUAAAAAAACAGCAGGGAAAAUUGUCGGAAGCUUGGGCUAGUCAUCAGCAUGCACUGCGAAUAUUACGCGAACAUUUACCUCCUACUCAUCCUCGCUUGACAAUAACUUAUAAUUACAUCGGUUUGCUCUACUCUGCAAUGAAUGAUCAUUCACGUGCACUGGACUGUCUCGAUAAAGCACUUGAGAUUCAAGAAAAAGUGUUAAAACCAAAUCAUCCACAUCUAGCCGAAACUCAUUUUCAUAAAUCAAUUAUUUUUGAGCGUUUGAACAAAAUCGAUAAUGCAUUUCAACAUGCACAGAAUGCUAUCGAUAUUGGACGUCAAGCAUUUAUGACACUCGAGGAUCCGAAUAUGAAAAAGUAUCAAGAACAGUUCAACAAAAUUUUUCCAUUAAGUCACUGUUGUAAUGAGCUUGUACUUUAG